AUGAACGAGAGAGCGGCGAAUUGGGUGAACAAUCAGGACUUUGACAACGCAUCAAUGUCGAGUGAACACACAAAAUGGGCGUCAAACUCGGAUUUUACAUCUGUAUCGAAGAUGAACAACAAUCAACGAGGGAACAACCAGAGAAAGCCCAAUCAGUCCAAGAACAACAACCAACACGGAAACAAGAAUCAAAACAACCAAAAUCGCCAGAAUAAUCAAAAUCGCCAAAACAACAACAAGCAAUCGCAGGUUGAUCAGACUGAAAUGAUGGCGAAGAUGAUGCAAGGAAUGAUGUCGGGAAUGAUGCAGGGUGUGAUGCAGUCUCAGGUCCAGCAACAACAGCAACAAGCCCCUCAAGUUCUCAACGUGAAUGUUAACCAGAGCCAGGGUCGACCAAAGGGACCGCCUAAAUCCAACCACCAAAACUCGAAGCCAAACAACCAGCAGAACAACCAGCAAAAGAAGCAAAAUAACAACUCCAAGCCACCACAGAAGCAAAACUUCCAGCUGAACAAUCUCAAGAACAACAAUCAGAAAAACAACAAUACUCAUCACAAGCCGCAACAAAAGAGCAUCAACCAGCCACCCAAAAGCGGAAAAUCCAACAGCUCCAGCGGCUACAACUCGAAGCCCCAGUCGAACAACAGCAAGGGAGGAAACAACAAUGGGAACAAAAACUACCAGAAAAAUCAAGGAGGAUGCAGCACUCACAAAGGCUCGAAGAAUUUUGCAGGACCUGUAAAUAACAACGGGCCUGUCAAUGCUGGAAAAGUUACCAUUGUUCACCACCAUCAUUAUAAAGGGGAUAAAAAAUAA